UGGUUCAAUUUCGUAUUAUAUUAUUCUUGAUCUUGAGUAAUUAAUAAAAUAGAUCAGCAAUGAUAGUUGUUUUACGUUUUAAUAGCUAUUGAUAAAAAAAAUACGAGAUAACAAUAUCUGACUUAUAUAGUUAUAUUCAGUGCUUCUAAAGUUUCUAUAAACAAUCAAAAUUGAUCGACAACUCCAGAAUUCUGUAAUAACUAUAUUCGAGAGCAAUAAUUAAUAAUUACUGCAGACAUCUUACGUUUUUUAGAAUUUAAGACAGGAACUUUGUGUUUAUGUCCUAUUAAUUCACGUAUUAUACAAUAUUGUAUUAUUUCCCUUUGUAUUUACAUAAUAAUAUAUAAUAAUAUCAGGACAUAGGUGUUUUGUACUUUUAAAGCCGUGUCUUCGCAAAGUGACUAAUUGAUUUAAAUCUUUGUAGAAAGAUAAGUUUAGUGAAGUCACUUUUUAAGUAAAUCACUUAAUCAACAUCUUUUGAAAAUGGAGAACUCAAUUAUCGGCCAACUUUCAACUUCCAGCAGUCAAGAAACAUCUGAGCCAAAAAUGUGUUGGAUUUGUUUGUGUACUGAUGAUGACAAUGAUGAUUAUGAAAAUAAUAGAGAAUGGGUGUCACCAUGUAAAUGUCGCUAUUCUUCACGAUGGGUUCACCAGGGUUGUGUUCUACGUUGGAUUGAUGAAAAAUUGAAAGAAAAUUUCAACUUUAAAGCACAUUGCCCUCAAUGCCGCACACAAUAUAUUGUGCAAGAUGAAGUCAAUUACUUAGCUCUGUUAUUAAACAUACUUGAUAGAACAGCUAAUCGGAUAUAUCCGUAUUUGACUGCUGGCAUUAAGGUCACUGCUCUCUAUUGGUCAGCAGCAUCAUAUGGAAUACUAACAAUAAUUCAGGUGAUGGGUAAAAGAGAAGCUAUAAUGAUGAUGGAAAAUACAAAUCCAUGUAUUUUGUUCUUGGUGUUGCCGACAAUACCUGUCAGUCUAAUUUUUGGAAAAUUGAUGAAUUGGGGAGAAAACUUAAUGUUAUUUAUUUGGAGAUUUACUUCACAACUACCCUUGUUAAGGAUCAUCAUGCCUUCAAUUUUGUAUGAACCUGUCAACAGUUCAAGGAAUAGACAACAAGUCUUUUCAAUCGUUAUUCCGGCUACUACUCUUUGUGCUGCACUUUUAUUGCCGACUUCUGCAGUGACAGUUGGAAAUUUAUUAUUCCACAAUUGUUCAUAUUCAUCCUUACAAAAAACUUUAUUGGGUGGGUUAGUCUACAUUGCAGUAAAAGGUGCAAUCAGAAUAUAUCAAAGGCAACAAAAUCUUAUUAGAAAAAAAACACUUAAAGUCAUUGAAUACCCUAUAACUGAUGAUGAAAAUAAUUAAAAAUCUGUAUAAUAAUCCA